AUGGAGCAGGAUCUGUUAUCCACCGUCGGCUUUGACUUGUGCGCUCCAUUGUCUUACUCGUUCUUGAGAAGAUAUGGCCGCGUCAUCAAGGCCGACAUGGCUCUCUUGACCUUGUCGAGAUACAUCUUGGAAGUGUCUCUCCAUUUCCUCGACUUCUGUCGCCUGAGUCCAUCCAAAAUGGCUGCUGCUUCGUUGUUGUUGGCCUUGAAGAUGACCAAAACCGGAACAUGGAACAGUGCUUUACACAAGUACUCGACCUAUGUUGUGGAGGAUAUUGAGGAGUUGGCUUGGUCACUCAAUCACAUGAUUUGCGUCUACCGUACACAAUAUCCCGACAUCAAGGUGGUCUGGGGGAAGUACUCACAUAAGUAAGUUUAGAGUUGUGAUAGUUUGGAAGAAAGUUGUGGUUCUUUGGGGAUUUUGUGACAGUCGGUAACGAUGGAUAGGUAUAAUAAUAUAGUAGAUUUUGACAAUUUUUAUUUGUAUUGCCAGUGUUUUCUUUUAAUUUUGCUUUAUGUUAUAUUAGAUAUUGAUGUUUUUGAACUAAUAAAUUGGUUUUCAGAGUCUUCUUUGAGGUGGCCAAGAUUGAAACACUGAAGGACAAGUAUCUUCAGGAUGCACCAAUUGUCCCACCGCCCCAAGUCCAGGCAACGGACGAGAAACUGUUGGCCAACCGUCACUGA